AUGCUCAACAUGUCGGCCGUUGGCAAUCGAAAUAGUACGCCGGUUGAGUCGAACAGUACAUCUUCACUUCGACCACCCACAUCUCGUACUCUCAGUUCCGGUCAUCACCUUCGAGCUUCUGCGGAUAUGACUGCCUUUCCAACCUCUCCAUCCGCAAAUCGAAUUCGACCAUCCUCCGACUUUUACGGAACCCAAAUUGUUCAAGGUCAAGGAGGAUUAGAGAACGAUGCAUCCGACAAAAUUGCCCAGCAAUGGAUUGCUGACAUAGAUCAAUAUGAGACAACUCUAGAAGAGAUGGCAGCCGCAACACUUGACCAGGACUUUAAGGACGAACUCAGUGCAAUAGAGCAAUGGUUCAGAGUUCUGAGCGAAGCUGAGCGAACGGCUGCAUUGUAUGCACUCCUGCAACAAACAACGCAAAUACAGAUUCGAUUCUUCAUUCAAGUCUUACAACAAAUGGGUAAAAACCACCCAGUUUCAGGUGUAUUGUCUCCUGCAAACUUUGAUAAAGACCCCAUGUCUAAUCGUCACAGUGACGCGAUGAGCAGAAAUAAUGUUGAUGGAUCUAAAAAUCCAAUGGCGCGCCCUCCACCAACACCAUCUGGAAAACGACAAUUUGGCCUUGAUGCAUCAACGAUCAAUGCAAUGUUUCCCAAUGCUGCGGCUGCAAUUGCGACAGAAAAAGCCAAGUUCACACAACAAACAGGAAAUUCAGCUUCAUCAAAUCGCAACAGCGCCGUUUACGAUAGCCGUGUCAAUCUCACGGCCCCUUCUAUCUCGGGGCCGAACGAAUCUACAGAAAUAACUAGUUCGUCUCCAUGGGCAUCACGUGGAAAAGACCAAAGUAAUGGGAGACCGAAGUCGUCGUCUGGUCAGCCGCCAAUGGGACAGUUUAUGCAGUCACACCCUUCUGCUGGAUUACGUUCCCCUGCUACCCAAAUAACAAAUGGUGCCAAUUUACAAAACACAACUAUUUUGACUGCAGAGAAUCACAAUGGGGAUAUGCCCUUACUCUCACCAUAUAACGGCAACGGAAACUGGGCAUCUAUGGUCAGCACACCAAUGGUUUCAUCGUUCAAUAAUGCUGGAAGUAGUACCCAGGCGGAUAUGGUUGCAAACGCUACCGCCAUGAAGCUUGCAGCUUUAUCCACGGUCAACAAUCGUUUUGCUCUUGAUGAUGUAAAAAAAUACCGUCGUGCUAGGUCAAAUGACGGUCAAGGACAAGUUCAAAGCUCAAUUUCCGCAGGACUCUCUAAUUCCAAGAUGCCUAGUGCAAAUCUUAUUAUGGUCAAUGAACAUGGCCGGGUCCUAACCAGAGAUCAAGUAAUAAACAUGCAAGCACAACAGAACUCACAGUUUCUGGGUGGUAGAUCACGGCCAAAUUCUCCAGGAUUAGCUAUGCAAGGAAGCGGAGGUUUUGGUCCCAUGCAAACCUCCUCACCUAUGAAUAAUGGAUUCCUUGCUGCACGCGAUGGAUCAUCCCCAGCUAUCAAUACCGGAUUAAGCAAUGGAAUGGCAAAUAUGAACCUAAGUAUGGGACAGAUUGCCUUCAGAGGACAUGAAGGCUACCUCUCUGAUCACAGUGAUAUGGUUCGAGGUCGUUCUCCACGUGGUAAACGUGGUAGCUCAAAGCCUCCAGAGGAUCCAACUGACCCUUUUCUCCUUCAAGAUAUUCCCAGUUGGCUGAGAAGUCUCAGGCUUCACAAAUACACAGAGAACCUUAAGGACAUGAAGUGGACAGAGCUUAUCGAGCUAGAUGACAAAGCUCUGGAGGAUCGUGGGGUUAAUGCGCUAGGGGCUCGCAGGAAAAUGCUCAAAGUCUUUGAUCAGGUUAAAGAGGCUAGAGCAGAAGGCAAGUUAUCAUGA